AUCAAGCUCUUGGAUUGAGUGGGAUGUAGCUGUUUAAUAGCACCAUAACAGCAUUAUUAAAGCGACAAAUAGGAAUGGAUGACAGCUAAAUUAGUCUUACGUGAUAACAACUGUCUCAAUAUUUCAUUUAAAUCAUAUACGCAGAAGAAACAUUUUAUUUAACGGCCAUGCUUCCCAUCUCAGUCGGAUUAGUAACUCCGGUCUUCAACCGUUAUUGAAAGCGAGGCUGCUUUCUGGUAUAUAUUACAGUUAUUUGUAAACAUGUGUUCGGUGAGGACUUAUGUGUACGCUUGCGCUUAAAAAAUGUGGCUUGUUAGUGAAUUGAUUUGGAAUGGUGUUAUAAAAUGGCUAGGUCCUUCUACAAACCAUUUGAACGGUAGUAGGGCAGGGAGGAGGAACCAAAAUGAACAAGCGACACAAGAAUAACCCCCCUGUAUCGGGAGAGGUUGUUAUAUUAGCUCUAUGCGUAAUUCUGGUAAUGAUUACCCUCUCCCAAAUAUUGGUGGUGCACCACAAGUUUAAUGGACGGUUUCAACGAGCAGCAAGACCUAGACAUAGUAACAGAAAUAGGCAGGAUUUAAGGCAACUUGAAAAGAGCAUCGCUGCCUUAAUGAGACAAAAUGUGCCGAGUAUCGAGAGGCAUGAUGAACUUUUGCGGGGUGAAGUAUUUGCUAGCAGAACCGUGAAUAUGAUUCUCAGGGCUACAAACGAAGCUAUGGAGUUACGUUCUAGUAAAAACCGCCCCGAUCGCGAGUUGGAAUUAUACGAGUAUGAUAACAGUGAUGAGAACCAGAGACGAACUAGUGUUUCUAAUUCAUUACAAAAUACCCAUAUACGAAGCAAUAUAUCUUUAAUUAAUAGCAGGAAUAAUAAUAAUAAUAUUAAUCAUAAUACAAAUGUUAAUAAUAAUAAUAAUAAUGUGUUGUUGACUUGGAAUCAAUCAAAAUUUGUAAAUAAUAAAAGACGUCGUGUGAAAAUUAAGAAAUUUUGUGCUCUGGAACCUCCAAAUUUACAAGGAAAUGUUUUGGCCAAAAUAAACCUUACAGAAGAAUAUGUUGAUUUAGACGAAAUAUUGAAAAACAACUCGGAAGUUCUACCAGGAGGUGUAUGGCGUCCUAAAAAUUGUGUUGCUCGUUAUCGAGUGGCGAUUAUUAUACCGUACAGGGAUAGAUUAGCCCAUUUAACAGUAUUAUUGUCACAUUUACUUCCAGUAUUGCAAAGACAAGAAUUAGAUUUUAGGAUUAUUGUCGUUGAACAGCAUGGAAAUCGAACUUUUAAUAAAGGAAGAAUAAUGAACGCUGCCUUUAAGGAAGCCUUAAAACAAUAUGACUUUCAAUGUGUUGUCUUUCAUGAUGUGGAUUUAAUACCUGAAGAUGAUAGAAAUCUCUACUCAUGUCCAUCUCAACCCAGACAUAUGAGUGUUGCCAUUGACGAAAUGGAUUACAAAUUAAAGUAUGAUCUAUUAGUUGGUGGUGUAUUAAGUAUGAGGAUUGAACAUUAUACACAAGUUAAUGGUUAUUCUAACAUGUACUGGGGGUGGGGAGCAGAAGAUGAUGAUAUGGCCUACAGAAUAUUACAUACGGGUUUAAAGAUUACUCGUCCUCCUACAAAUAUUGCUAGAUAUAAAAUGAUUAAACAUACGAAGAGGAAACCUACUGCAUGGGUUACAAGAUCGAAACUAUUGAAUACAGCCGUGAAAAGGUUUAAAAUGGAUGGAUUAAACAGUGUUAAAUAUAAUGUAGUGGAUAUUUAUUAUAGAUCAUUAUAUACGCAUAUCUUGGUCGACGUAGGCCAGCUUAUGUGAUGAUGUCAUUUAUUAUUAGGUUUAAAGGGUGACAACUCUGUGUAAAUAAUCUAUACUGGAAUGAUCGGUGACUAUUGUGAGCAUAAAGAAAAAACUGUGAAAUUGAAGUUAAAAGCUCCAAUGAUUUUAUUUUUGUUUUUACCUUUUAAUCUUAUGGUGAAAGGAAUAAGUGGAUGAAUGAAGAUAGAGUGUAUGUAUGAGAUAUUAAUUUUAGAGUUAAUAAUGAAUGUUAUUUUAAACUAGAAAGUAUGUAAAUAUCACUGGAUAGGCCUAUUAAAUAAUGUACAAUACAUGGAAUUGAUGUACAUAUAAAUUUGUUUUAUAGUAGCUUUUAGAGGGUAAGUUGCUGUUGGCUGUUUAUGAAAAUUAAAAGACUCUUUAAUUAAUUGGUAAACAUAGGUCUAAUUCUUUAUUCUUCAAUGUUAGAUAUUUUCAUUAUUUUAGCCCUCAUCAAAUCUGAUUAAAACACAGAUCCUAUUUCGUUUCGUUUUUAUAGUUCAAAAUUUCGUUUUACUUGUCUUUACUACACUAGGAUCUGGAAGAGUUGAUAUCAUUGACGUGUUCUGAAUGGUGUGAGGUAUUAGCCAAUGAAAUGGUCUGUUACGGCGAGCUUUAGGCAUGUUUUGCACGGAACUGUGGGUAAUCCACUAGUAACAUCAAUGCUGAUUGGUUAAUCAAAUGUCUGACAUCAUAGGGUCAAAAGUCGCUCGUAUCACCUCUGACGUGACCUAUCACAACAACCAGUCAGAUCUUCAUGUAGUGUAGGCCAUCGAAAGUAUAAAAAAAACGAAAUGAAAUAUAGAUCUGUAAUUUAAUCAGAUUGGCCCUCACCAUAAAAAUGUUGGUAGUAAAAAGUAUUCUUAUGUAGACAGAUUUGUCAUCUUGUGCCUACAAUGUGAAUGAGAAAUAUGGCGUGACAAAUUUUCUUUUACAAUGCUAAAUGACAUUCAGAACAUGCAAGAUAAUUGAAUUCAAACAAACAUUGUUUCAGAGAUAAGGAAAACUUUGCUGAUUCUGAGAUUGGGUUCAGUAAAUAACAUUAACUAUUAAAUGUGUAUUUCUGAUUCAAUAUUCAGAUAAAUGCUGAAUUUAUAUGUGUGUCAUGAGUGGCGGACAGAUUCUAAAGCCUAGUCAAAAGAUUUGAUGAUAAAUGCUUCACAAAAUAAAUAAAAAAAUUUGUCGCCAACCUAGGGGCAGAUUAAGAGAAUGGUAGUUCCAAAGGGCCCUAGCGACGUGGCGUAUGGCCGACCUCUCCUAGAAAAAUUUAAAUAUUACAUUGUCUUAGAUGAGAUAUAGAGCACUUUUUUGACAAAAAAAAAUUUAAAUUAGAUUCAACAUCCUGCAUUUCUUCACCAACUGGACAAAUGAAGACGGGAAUAUGCCAUACAAUGGGUGGGGGAUAAUUUGCCCACACUGGAUUGUUUUUAGCUAUUCUUCUACAGGCCGAUAAAAUUCAUUGGGAAUUUCCGGCAUCAUUUCUCCAUUGUCAAUGGGCAAGGAGCAGCAUUGAGUCAUUAGGAUGGGACGAAAAAUUGAUGUUAUAGCACACUGUAUGUCCAUCUUCAUUAUAUCAAGGUUGGUGCAGAAAAGUAGAAAGUCAAACCCCAUUUCAUUUAUAUUCACCACAGGGAAAACUAGGGGUGACAAAUUGAUUGUACGUAAAGCAUCUGUCAUUUUCACUGUGUAUACAGAGGUGAAACGUGUUAAUAGGAAUAUAGGAAGCUUAUUCAAAUCACAAAGUUUCUUUGGCAAGGUUUUACUGAACUCACCAUGAUUACCGGGCAAUAAACGUUUUUUGCACAAAAAGAUUGAGGUUACUUCAAUUGUGAAAGCUGAAUUAUAAGUAUUUGUAGGUGAAAUUUGUUUGAAGAUUUGUGUGCCUUCCAAUUGGAAACAAAAAGCGAACCCUUACUGGCUUAAACUGGAGUCAAGGGGGCCCUUUUCUCCAAUCCAGGGGACCCUGCACAGGACCUGGCUUUCCCUGUCUAAGAGGGGCCAUAUCAACUUUUCUUCCGGGAUUUGGCGUUUUCUUUCAGCUUUCUUCUUGGAGUUCUUCAAAAAUAUUUCCGGUUGGAGGCUGCCACCAUUAUAAUCCACUUGUGCACCAACCUAUAUUUUAAUUUAUGAUGAAAAUAUAAGCCUACUGAAUUAAAUAAUAAAAUCUAAAACUAAGAGAGUUUAAUAUGUAGCCUAUUAUCUAUAUACUAAUAUCAGUUUAUAACUUUAUUUUACUAUUCUAUAGUAUAGCUUAUAAUAGUCUAUUGCAUUGCAUAAUUAGUUACAUACCCAUCACCGUCCCUUUAAAUUAUUAAUAAUAAAUCCAAUAGAAGUAACAAAUUAUAUUACAUGUUAUUCAUAAACUAUAACCCAUACUUCUGAUUUAUUUAGGCGAGGUUUCAAAGUGUAUUCUCUCAAUGUCAUCAAGCUAAUAUAAUAUGUAGUUUAUUAAUCCACCCAGUUCCUAAAUGCCACUAUAAGAAUGCAUAUUAUUCCUUCAGUAUUUUUGUUUUAAAGUUAUAUAAUUUAAAGCAUAAUAAAAAUUGAUUAAUGUACCUCAUAUCAAAUAUAUAAAAUAUAAGUGUAAAUAUGAUUAUAAUUUAAUACUUGUAAAAUUGAGAUGGUAUGAAACACUGCAAAAUAUUUAGUGUUAAAUUUGUCACCUUUUGAUCCUGUAUAGGUGUUUGAAAUAAUGAUUUGAGUUUAGAAUAUUAUGAAUUUAAAAAGACAAAAAACAUUAUUAAUCUAUAUUUCUUGCUCAGAUUUAUUGUCAUUUUCAUAGUUUGGUUUCAACAAAAGAUAAUGAGAAACCAAAUGAACAUUGGUAGGUGUUAAUUGGACACUUGAUAUUUUAUGGUGUAUAGAUCUCAUUAGUAUCAUAUUUUGUUAUUAUUAUUAUUAUUUUAUGAACAUGUAUUGUUAAUUAAGAUAACAAGGUUACACUGCAAGCAUUCAAAUUACUUUGGAUGACAUCGACUUUUUAAGAAGUGAUUAUCUCCAAUAUAAAAACAAUACAGUUUACAUCAUUCUUUAAAUCACAGGUUCUUUUGUCAAAUAUGACAAAAAUACUCAAAUUUUAACUGAAAUUGUCACUCGGCAAACCUCAGCAGAUUCCAGUACCCUACAUCUAGCCUCGGCUGUAUGACGAAGUCCACUAUUGGAACUACUUUCAAGUUCCCAGUUUACCAACUGCGUUGCCCAUGAGGAUGCCUUUAAAGAAUGUUUUAUCAUACAAAUAUUUCAAAGUCUGAAGCUGUUUUUCUUUCAAGUUUAUCUGAUUUUUUUUAAACAAGGGCAACUUUGCACUGAAAAUUCUAAACAGGCUUCAACAACACAAUUUUGAUAACUUCUUUUUAAAAGCGUCAUGUUUUCCUAAUAAGUAAACCGGUGCCGCAUUGCAAUUGUAUAGGCGUAGGUACAUAUCACUUACCGUCAUACAGCCGAGGCUAGAUGUAGAGUAAUGAAAUCUGUUGAGGUUUGCCGAGUGUGAAAUUGUUGGUUCACAAAAAUAAUUUGAAAAUGCCUAAAAAAAAACCAACAUAAAAAUAGAGGUGUUUAAUUUUUAAAGUGUAAAUGCCUACAGAUAUACUCUAUAUAUACUGUUAUUCAUUUGUUAAUAUUGUUAUCAUUGCCAAAUAAUAUGUAUAAUAUGUGUGAUAAUAUUAUUAUUAUGUAUAUUAUCGAUACAUAGAUUUAUAUCUUUAUCCACUUUGAUUAAAGCACUAAAUGAAGAUUGUUUUAGCCUUAUAAAUAGCGCAACGGAAAAAUCAUGUGGUGAGGACAAAAUAACAAAUGUCUUGAAAAGCAUCCACACACUAAAGACAACAAUAUAUUUGUUGGUCAUGAGCCUCUGACAAAAUUUUAAAAUAAAUAUAGUGAAGUUGUAAUAAACAAUCAAACAACUGGCCCUUAGUUCACAAAGCAUUCUCAGACUUAAGUUAAGAAUUUACUCAAAAUUGUUCGCACUAUUUUAACUAAAAUAUAGAUCAUUAUAAAACUUUCGUUGUUAUAAUGUAUCAAAUACAUCAAUAAGAAACUAUGUCAUAAACAGUGAUUGAAAGUUGAGUAAAUUCUUAACUUAAAGGAGCUAAAUCGCUAAUAUUUUGGACCUAGAAAUUGGCACAAAUGGGUCGCAACACAUAUAAUAAUGUAAUAUGAAUUUAUAUAAACUGUUUCACAUUCAUUCGUGUCCGUUUUACUGUGAAUUGUCACCAGUUAUGUUCGGCGAAAUACGCCAGAAGUCUCAACCGCAAGUCAAUUUCUAGCGUCUGGUUAUUCCAGUCAACACCGAUAUUAUUUAUUGCGCAUGCUCUCCAAAAUAAGAAUAUGAUAUCACCGUUUGACAUGACUUGUGGAAUAUGUCUAGCCUCAUUCUCUGAGCACCUUGUUACAAAUGGCGCUGAAACGCAUUAUAUGAUAUCACCGUUUGACAUGACUUGUGGAAUAUGUCUAGCCUCAUUCUCUGAGCACCUUGUUACAAAUAGCGCUGAAACGCAUUAUUUUGUCUUAAAUAUUGGAUAUCAGAAGCCCAUCUUUUCCAGGUUAGAUCACAACACCAAUGCUGAUUUAAAUAGCAAAAAAAUUUGUGUUUUCAAUGUCGAAGAUUUUGGAUGAUAUUGAGUUACGGACUUAGCUACUUUAAGUCAGAUAAUGCUUUGUGAACUUGGGGUCCGAGCUAUGUGACUUUGUGUGUAGAUUCAAUGUGUUAUGUGUUGGCAAAACGGAAGCAAUAAAUGUGUAAUUUAAUUACUAUAAUUUGACUGGGGGGGAGGAAAGGGGGGCUUAUAAGAUUGGUACUAUUAUAAUGUGCCUUAAAAACAAAAUCAUAUUAUUUACUUCAAUUUAUAGAUAACUGGGAAUUUCUUUAGGUGUUGGCUUUAAUGUAUUUGUUGAUAUAUGUAUAGAAGCUUAUAAGUUUAUUGCAUCUAGAAUAAAAUUAUCAAUAUUUACACUGGACAUUGUUUAGCACGCACCAUGUCCCACCAUGUCGGCAUAUGUUGCAAAUCAAAAGUAGAAUUUUAGUGGUUCGGCUUAAUUUGAUUGAUUUCUUAACUUUUAUCAUUGUCAUAAAUUCAAUAUUACUGCCAGCUGGGGUUUAUUCCCAAAAUGUAUAUUAGAAACUUAAAAACAUGUUAACAAUACAAUGAUCAACCUAUUUUUGGUUUUGGGUAGGAUAUAUUGUUUUUUAAGGUGAGGGAUAUUGUUUCUGAAUGAUGUUAAUCAAUAUUGAAUCUACUAAUGCCACCAAGUUAAUCCAGCUUAUAAAGUAAUAAAAGUUUCACAGGCUAGGCAGAUUAGUUUAUUUCAUUAUACAUGUAAUAUAUAUAGCCUGGAUCAAUUUAUAUUGCUCUGUUGCUCUGAAAACUAGAUGGGGCCAUUGACCAGGUUGUUGUGACUACUGUUGGUAUUAAAUUAGUUUUUUUCCAACUUCUACCCAAGUACAUGACAUAACCCAGUCACUCCCCAAUCUGAUUAAAACACAGAUCCAAUUUCGUUUCGUUUUUUAUAGUUCAAAAUUUCGUUUUUACUUGCCUUUACUGUAGUGUAGGCCAUCGAAAGUAUAAAAAACGUAACGAAAUAUAGAUCUAUAUUUUAAUUAGAUUGGUCACUCCCCAUAUGUGUUUUAGAAAUAUGCGAACAUCUUAUUGAGCAGGACAACAUAAAUAUAUUUAGUAAAGAUUAGAAUUAGAUGUACUAUGAUGUUUUAGAGUUGAUAGAACUAUGCAAGCCAUAAUGUAUAGUAUUUAGGCUUCCAUGAUACUAGACUAUUUUGUUUUAUAUAUAAUAUACCGGUAGUAUAAAUGUUUCAUUAAUUUAAAUUGUGAUUAUUUUGUGAUUUAGCAACAAUAUUAUUAUUAGCUCUGGUCACUAGAUUAAUUAAUGCGUCCAGAUCAUGUUGGUUAGUUACAAAAAAUAAAAUUACUUUCAAAAAUAAGAAAUUGAGUAUUUCAGGCAUACACAUAUUUUGAUAUUGAUGUACCCUUAUUUAAAAUACCAAUGAUACUUGAUGAAACAUUGAAAUAGCAUAAUCAUUUCAUUUAAAUGCAUAUGCGGGUUAGUGUCUGUAUUGUGUAAUAUAUUGAUACAACUCUCUGGCUGACGCCCUUGUGCAAAAUCAAUAUAUUACUUAAUGUUGCUUUCGACCAUUAAACUACACUUAUUGUAUAGGCUGUCUUGAAGGUAAGGUCUUAUUAAUACUCCAUAGCAUACACUGAAGACAUCUUGCCUGCAUUUAGCAUUUACUUUUUACUUAUAUAGAAAUUAAUUUGAUUUCAUUUUAAUAUUACAUUCAGAAAUAUUUAUUAUCAAACUAUUCUGAGAUUAGAGAUUGCAUUUUUAAAUAGAAUAUCAUGAAAUAAACAGACAUUUUCUAUGAAUAUUUUGUCUUCCUUUGAAGUAGCAGAGUGUAACUUGUCAUUUGUCAAAUUAAGAAGGGUGUUUAUUGUUUUGAUUAAAAUGUAAAGCACUAUAUCUGUACAUGUAAUAAAGGGGGAAUUAAUUACAUUAUGUUUUAAUUUACUCAAACUGAAGCAGAAAAUGCUUAAGUUAUAGUCUAAAUUGUUUGUUAAUAAAUUAUAUGUAAAUAUUUGUUCCUUUUCGUUUUGUU